GGCGUACUCUUAUGCUUUGCAUGCCUUAGCGGUUAGACCGUUGACCACGCGUCCUCGAGAGGACGGAGCAUUGUUCCCACAGGACCGAUCACCGAUGGUCAAUCGUUCCUUCCUACUUUGCCAAAGCCUAGGCGGAGAGGGGCUGGUCUCGUACAAAACGCUAAACGAGGAGGCGGAGGCCGUGCCCAUCGGCAGCGAGGGGCUGGUGUGCUUGGAUCACUUCCAGGGUAACCGCACCCCGUACACUGACCCGCUUUCGAGGGGAGCGCUCGCCGGUCUGACGCUCAAGCACGGGAGAGGACACGUAUUCCGCGGGUUGAUCGAGUCGGUGUGCCUCGGGACCGAGCUGGUGUUCGAGGCGAUGCGAAAGGCGGGGUACACGCCUUCCUCCGUGGCGGUGGCGGGGGGUGCGACGAAUUCCCGUCUGUGGCUUCAGACACACGCGGACGUGAGCAACGUCCCCAUGAAGGUUACCAGGGAGAGGGAGGCGUGUGUGCUGGGCUCAGCGAUCCUCGCCGCCGUUGGGGGGGGGCUGUUUCCGGACAUCCCCUCCGCCGCCCGUGCCAUGGUCCACGUUGAGGGAACAGUGAUGCCGAACCCGGAGGCACACGCCGAGUACAAGCGGGUGCUGGAGCGGUAUCGUGCGGUGUACCCCGCGCUCAAGCCCCUCUUCCGCGACCAGGGAGCAGGGGCCCCGCCGACGGCAGCAGCAGGGGGGGUGGAUGAGUCCCGCGGGGGCGGUGCGGCUGCGGCGGAAGGGGAGACGGCGGCCGUGGUGGGGCUGGUGAACGCGUCCAUCCUUGCGGCGGAUAUGGCAGACCUGUCGGGAGAGGUCGAAAGGGUGAUGGCGGCGGGGGCGGACUGGAUUCACGUGGAUGUCGUCGACAACGUGUUCGCUAAGGUGCUAACGUUCGGCCCUCCCGUCGUCGCGAGCCUUCGCCGUCGACACCCCUCGGUCUUCCUGGACGUGCACCUGGCUGUCGAGAACCCGCACGAGUACGUUGACGCGCUCAAGGACGCCGGGACCAGCCAGGUCCUGUUUCACCCCGAGGCUGUGGUCGAGGGCAGCGACAUGGAUGCCGCGAGUUUGGCCGUGCGAAUCUCGGAGGCGGGCAUGCGGGCGGGCGUUGCCCUGAGGCCCGAGACCCCGGUCUCCGCGGUGCUGCCGCUCCUGGAGCCGCGGCGGCUCGUGCAAUGCGUCGACGUUCUCGCGGUCCAACCGGGUUUCGGGGGUCAGGCGUUCGACUCGACCGUUCUGGCGAAGGUGGAGGAGCUGCGGUCGAUCUGUCCGGAGCUGGACAUUCAGGUAGACGGCGGCGUCAACGCAGCCACGGCUCAGGCUUGCGUUGCCGCAGGGGCUAACGUGCUGACCUCGGGGAGUUUCAUUUUUGGCAACAACACCGGUGCCGUGGCCGCUAGUCAUGUUUCGGAAGCGGCGGCGGCGGCGGCGGCGGCGGCGGCUGCGAUUGCAGAGUUGAGGGGGGCUCUUUCUGCAAAGUGGCGGUUACCGGCUCAAGGGUAG